AUGGAAGUAUCUAAUCUAUGUCAAAUUUUAUACAGUAUUAAACAAGGAUCGGUCAACAGAGGUGGAUUUAUAGUAAUGUCUGUCCUGAUGCGGCCAACACUUUUCCCUAGUCUUUUUCGACAGCAAAAUGGUAAGCUCCUAAGAUAUAUAGGCGGGACUAAAAACCUUGAGUUCAGCAAAGUAAUUCAAUCUCGUUUCAUAGUGUCUGAUCAGUGCUCUCGAGAUGACACACCCGAGAUUAAUGCCCUGAUCAAUCUUUACUCAAAAUGCGAACCACUGAAAUCUGCAAGCCAUGCUCUAAUGUCGGGGAAUUUCCAAAAUGGGUCUGAUUUUGAAGUUGUUAGAUUGUUUAAAUCAAUGAUUUCAGAUCACAAUGACUCUUGCCUGCCUAACGAGUAUAUAUCUGGAUUGGUGAUUUCAUCUUGUUUAAACAUUAAGUACCUUUCAUUAAGCAGGCAGUGUCAUGGGUACCUGUUUAAAUCUGGAUUAGUGUUCAAUCAGUACGUGAAAACUGCACUUGUACGCUUGUAUUCCAUGCUGUCAGACGUGGUAGGGGCUAUGGAGGCUUUACUUAGUAACCCUGGAUUGCAAUUGAAUACAUGCAGUUAUAAUCAUAUCUUGGUUGGACUUAUAGAAAAAGGUUACUUGGAUGAGGCAUUGAUUAUCUCAAGGAGAAUGUUGGCUGAAGAAGAUAUGGUGUGGAAGUGGAACAAAGCUACUUAUAUUGUAAUUUUUGGUCUUUGUGCUCGCCUCGUAGAUUUAGACUUGGGGCGUCAAGUUCACAUCAAGCUGCUAAAUAGUGAUGUUGAGUUUGAUGAGUCUGUAUGCAGAGCAAUGAUCAAUAUGUACGCAAAAUGUGGAGAGAUUUUAAGUGCUAGAAAAGUUUUUGACAUGUUUGAACCUCGAAACACGGAUAUAUACACAGAAAUGUUGGUUGCUUACUCGGAACACGAGUCCUUCGAGAAGUCCUUUGAGAAGUCGUUCGAGCUGUUUUUUAAAAUGCAAUAUGAGGAUGUUGUUCAAAACGAAUCUACCUUUUCUCUCCUACUCACUGUUAGUGCUCAAUUAUCCUCUAUGAGAUGUGGAAAGAUGUUACAUGCACUUACAGAGAAGACUGGAUUCAAUGGUCAUAAGAUUGUCGAGGAUGCCUUGAUUAACAUGUACUCAAAGACUGGCGACACUAAAGCUGCGGAAAAGGUGUUUUUAGAUAUGACUAAUUAUCGUGAUAUUGUAACCUGGAAUAUGAUGAUAUGUGGAUACUGCUAUCAUGGCCUUGGUAACGAGUCGUUGGCAUUGUUUCAAGAAAUGUUGGAAUUCGGGGAAGAUCCUAACUGUGAGACUUUCGUGGGUGUUCUUAGUGCGUGUGGACAUGUGGGGCUUGUGGAAGAAGGGUUCUACUAUUUGUACGAGUUAAUGAAACAGAAGGCUUUAAGUUUCAUUUUAUCAACACCAAGCAAAUGGGAUAUCUUUGCUUGGACAACCUUGCUCAGUGCUUGUCGUGCUCAUCAAAACUAUACUCUAGGCAUCCGAGUUGCAGAGUUGAUCCCUGAUGACGUGGCAAAUAAGGUGUGUAAGUGUUGUGGAGUCACAGAAGUUGGUGAAUUGAUGGAUAUAAAAGAAGAGCGUGGGGGUGGUUGGAUGGAAACCGAUAAUGAAACAUUUUCACUUGUUUCGGUAGACAAUGGAGAUCCAGGAUUUAUUGAGAUUCAUGAAUUCAUGAAGCAGUUGUUUGCUGAUAUUAAAAUUCGUCCUGAUCAGGAUGGAAUGAAGGGAGAUAAUAUAGAUGGUUAUCACUGCGAAGAGCUUGGAUUAGCUUAUGCCCUAUCGACCACAGAUAAAAUGAUACCAAUCCAUAUCAUUAAGGACUCAGGGAAGAUAUCUAAUGAUUGCCACAAUCUUAUGAAAUUAAUCUCGAGCUCUGAAGAUAGGUUGAUAAUGGUGAGAGACGCCUACCAAUUCCAUACCUUCCAAGAUGGACGUUGCUCCUGUGCAGAUUAUUGGUGA